GUAUUCUUCAACUUCGACGGUCGCGAUGAAGUAGUGGAAACUCUCUGUGGAGACACCCUCCCGAAGCCAAUUCUUUCCAAUGGACCACGAUUGCUGCUGGAGUUCCGCAGCACCUUCAACAACACCGAGAACAAAGGAUUCACAGCGGAUUUUAUUUUUCUGACAAAUUUUGGUGUUUCCACCGGUCAUCAGCCGAGUCCUUCGGAGUGCAACUUCUACUAUUUCAAAAACGCCUCCAACCAAGGAUGGAUCCAGUCGCCCAACUUUCCCGGCGCCUACCCAAGAAACAUUCGCUGCAAUUACUAUUUCUACGGUGAUCCGCUCGAUUAUGUUCUGAUCCGAUUCACCUAUUUCGACAUCGAGGGAAUUACACCCUGCGACGAGGACUCCGCCAGCGAUUAUGUGGAAUUUUCUAAUUUUAACACCCGCGAUCGAAAGUACCCCUUCUACUGUGGUACGCGGCGGGAUCUGAUCACCCGCUCGGACGGGCGCUUCUUCCGCAUCAGCAUGGUAUCCAACGAUCGGUUAGACGGGACCGGGUUCAGGGCGCUUUACGCGUUCGAGAGCACCCUGAACAUGAUGGGCCCGGGCAGCGGGGCCAUCGGCAGCGGUGGCCUCUACGGCGUGGGAGUUGUCGGGGCGGCCGGGGUUCCCUUCAUUCCCGGCCAUUACCAGGUGGCGACGUCCACGACGACUGAACGCAAUGUCGCGGCUUCGGUGGCGAAGGUCACCAGCGGGAAGCGUGGCGCUGGGAUGCUCGCCGCCAGCUGCAGCGCCCGGUUAGGUAAGUGGUUGGUCGCGCAAUCCAAUUGGUCUCGCCAUUAAUUUUGCACGCUUCUAUAAAUUUGUUGUCUU